AUGCCCUCUCCGCCAUCAGAUCCACCCCUCCUCCCCCUCCUCCCCCCUCUCUCUCUCCCACAACCACUAACACAUAUCAAACCCCCAACGCAAAUCCAACUACCAACACCAACCCAAAAUCAAUCCCAAUCCCUCCUCCGCACAUUCACCACCUCCGCCCUCAAAACAACCACCAUCCUCGGCGGGCUCUACGCCGCGCGCGGGUUCAUGCGCGCGCGGCUUGAGGAGGUUAGGGAGAAGAUGGAGGGCGAGGAACGGGCGAGAGAUGUUCUUUUCGGAGUGUUUUCCGAGUCGUUUUGGAGUUCUGAAAUUUCCGAGCGUGCUUCGAGACCUCAGACCUCGAAAUCUCGAAACCGCAGUUCAGCUCAGGAGCAGCGGGCGGCUGCACGGCUGCGUAUCGCGUGUUUCGUAUCGCGUGUUUCGUGUUUCGUAUCUCGUAUCUCGUGUCUCUGGUGUGGACAGAUUCCAGUGUCGGAGGAUCUAUUCCAUGCAUUGAUCUUGCAGGGUACUUUGCACGAAUACGAACACGAGCACGAGCACGAGAACGAGAACGACACCGCAUACACCAUCCUCGCGCUGCUCCCGACGCUGUCGGAGCAGGUUAUGUGUGCGAUGGAUGUGGAUGGGGUGACGCGGGAGUUGCAGGCGCGGUCGCGCGGGCGGGCGGGGGCGGGAGCGGGUGGGAUGGCAGGUAGGGAGCACCAGCAGGUGUUGGGGAAUCAGAACGUGGAUCAGAAUCAGAAUCAGAAUGGGAAUGGGACAGCACAAGCACAAGCACAAGCGAAAGAGAGGAAUGAGAGGAAUGUGUACCCGCCUGGUCCUGCACCAUACCCUUCCACUUCCACCUCUGCACCAUCCACCACAACAUCCACAUCCACCACAACAUCCACAACAGGCUCGGCUCCAGCCUCAUCAACAGGCUCGUCAAACGCCUCACGCACGUCUUCACCCGCACCAGCACAAGCACAAGCGCCCGGACAGUUCACACUCUCGCCGCGCGCGCCUGUGUUCGUGCCGCGCGCCGCCGCCGCGUCGUCGUUGUCGCGAUCGCAGUCGAAUGUGCAUUCGGCGUCGUCUUCGUACCGCGGGUCGCCUGUGUCCUCGCACUCGCCGUCCCUUUCGCUUUCGCUUUCGGGGACGGAGUCGGAGUCUAUCUCCGUCUCGCACGAUACGAGGGAUACAAGAGAAACGGAGACGGACAGGGAUACAGCGGAGAUAUCGAUAUCGUCGUCGUUUGUGUCGGAGAGCGGGUCUGCGGAGAGUGUGAUUAGUGUGUAUACGAAUACUGAUGCGGAUGCUUUUGCUGUUGCUGUUGCUGGAGCGGGAGCGGGAGCGGGAACAUCAGGAUCGGGAGGAAUGAGAACGAAUGUAGGAGCGGGAGAAGGAGUAGGAGGGCAGGUGGAUGUGAGGAGUAAAGCUGAAUUGUGGAAUGAAGUUAAAAUGCUGACACUAACAAGAACACUCACAUCGCUCUACACAACCACGCUCCUCUGCCUACUCACCACAACCCAACUGACACUCCUCGCACGCGCGAGGUAUGUAUGUGCGAUUCGCGCGCUGGAGAGGGAGGAGGCGAGGAGGGAGAGGGUGGAGGGGAUGGUUCCGGGAGUUGUGGGGUUGGUGCUGGGUGGGAUUUUGGGGGCGAGUGGGUUGGGGGGUGUUUUUGGUGGGGGAGGAGGGGAAGAAGGGUUUGAGAAGCUUUUGAGGCAGUUGGAGAGUGGUGUUUUUGAUGAUGAGGAUGAGGAGGAGGAGGAUGGGGAAGGAAGCGAGGAGGAGGAGGAGGAUGGAUGGGGGUUCGGAUGGGGCGCGCGCGCGCGCGCUUCGUCGUCUUUUCAGUCUAAAAUCAACCCCGUAUCCAAGUCCCGAGCGAACGCCAAAUCCCAACACAGAAUCCAAUCCAAAGCGAAAUCCAAAUCCAAAGCUAAAUCGACAUCGAAAAAUCACCCCAAACCCCCGCAAAUUUGGACAGACGAGAUAUCAGAAGAGGCAGAGAGCAAGUAUCUGACGCUUAGCUGGUGGUUGUUGCAUGUUGGCUGGAAGGAUGUGGCUGAGCGUGUGAGGAGGGGUGUUGAGGAGGUGUUUGAUGGCGUCUCGCUUAAAACGAAGCUCUCAGCAGCGGACCUGCACCGCCUUAUCGCGGACGUGCGUAGACGCGUCGAAUAUGAGAUCACAUUUGAAGGAAACGAGAAAAAGUCGAGCUUCGUCUCAUCGCUCCUCCCGCCUACGCCCGAGACGAUCCACCACGUGCUGCUCCAGGGGGGCUUUACACCCGCACCCGCACCCGCGUUGGAGCGUACAUCGUCCUCAUUGUCGCCUUAUCCCCCAAGCCGCGCUGAAAUCGAAUUUGACAUCGCCGACAGAGGGCACGGGCACGGAGAAAGAGAAGGAGAAGGAGACGGAGAAGGAGAAGGCUACGACGCCUCGCCCUUUGAAGAUCCGCUCGGGAAGCAUAUUGAUGUGGACGGCGAGUACGAGGCGAGGUUUGGGAGGCGGGUUGUACUGCGCGAGCGGGAGGAUGAGGAGGUGGGCAGUGAGGUGGGCAGGGGCAGGGAUGGGUAUGGGGAUGAAAAGGGGUAUGGGGAUGAAAAGGGGUAUGGGAGGGACAGGAAGCUCUCGGACGCAGCGACGACGGUGUCGACGUCGCUCUCGUCGUCGCAGCUUUCGCACGUGUUUGUGGAUUCGCCUGCGGUUGCUGUGUCGAGUUAUCAGCCUCAUCCAUCCUCCUCCGUCCACCCAUCCUCAUCAUUCCACCCUACCCACCCCUCGCACCCCUCGCACCCUACCCCUUCCUCUUCCUUCCACCCCUCGCACCCAACCCUAACCAACCAAACCCAACCCCUCCAACACACAUACCUCCCCCCUCCACCACCACCACCACACACAUACACACCCGUGCUGGACCCACCCGCGUUCGCGGCGCUCGUGGAGGAGACGAGGGGGAUAUUGGCGAGUGCGGAUUUCGGGGUUGUGUUUGAGGCGUGUGUGGAUGAGGCGGUGCGGGUGUUGAUGGGAAGUGGGGGGGUGUUUGGGCGGGGUGGUGCGGGUGGUGGUGGAGGUGCGGGUGGUGGUGCUGGUGGUGUUGGUGGUGGUGGAAGUGGGGAUAAGGGAGGGGACAAAGGUGGAGAGGGGAAGGGAAAGGGAGGGGAUAAGGAAGGAGAGGGAGAGGAAGAGGAGAGGGUAAGACUUGCGGGGAUGUUACCUGCCCUUGCGAGAUGGAGCCAGGUUGCGAUGGAGGGGUUGCCUAAUGAGUUGGUUGAUAAAAUCCUCAACAUGCGCCAAGUCGAGUGUCUUUCUGCGAUCGUGUUUGGGAGGUUUGAAGAGCGGUUUGUGGAUAUUUGA